CAGUUCAACAUGGCGGUUGCAAAGAGGACGGUGGAGUUGUUUUAUGAUGUCAUUUCACCAUAUUCGUGGAUCGCAUUUGAGGUCCUUUGUCGCUAUAGACCCAAAUGGAAUUUAGACUUGCAAUUCCGUCCUUUUUUACUGGGAGGAAUAAUGGCAGGCUCAGGUAACAGACCUCCAGCAAUGGUUCCCGCCAAAGGUGUCUACAUGAUGAAAGAUAUUCAAAGACUGCGGGAGUUUUAUGGAAUCCCCAUCACUCCACCCUCUGAUCCUGCCAAUGUGAUGUUUACCAAAGGUUCUCUACCCACUAUGCGACUCUUAACAGCAGCCUGCAAAUACCAUCCAGAGAAACUUGAAGAACUUAGUCGUGAGUUCUGGAUGAGAGCCUGGUCCAGGGAUGAAGACAUUGUAGAACCUCAAAGUUUUCAGGAGGUGUGUACAAAAGUUGGAUUAAGUGCAGAUGAUACUCAGGCUCUCAUUAGUAAGACUAAAGACCAGGAAAUCAAGGAUACAUUGAAGGAAACCACACAAAAGGCUCUUGAUUUGGGGGCUUUCGGAGCGCCUCUCAUUGUUGCCCAUGUCAAUGGUGAGCCUCACACGUUUUUUGGCUCGGACAGAUUUCUCCUGCUCGCCCAUUUGCUUGGUGUGGAAUGGCAAGGACCGCUGAGGUCUCAAAACUCUAAACUUUAAUAUUAGUCUAAAUCUGUAACUGAAUUCGCUGAUCGAUCUUGAAUAUUAAAAAGAUCAAAGAAGUGGGGCUGAAAUAGAACCGUUUUCAAGUUUGCUGGCAAACAACCACAAGCAUAAAGUUUCUCAAUGCAGCGUACACUGCCGUACAUUUCUUAUAGAGGCUACACUGAGAAUUCGGUGCUUGAUCAAAUGAUAAUACCCAAGGCUUGUAACUGUAGCGAUAUUUUAAGGAGAAAUUCUGUCUUGGUCAUUUGUGGUAGUAAAAAGGUUAAAUAAGCAUUACGGUUGUUGUAAAACAAGCUGCAAGCCCAAAAUAAAACACUUUAUAUGUAAAAUAAAUUGAAGUGAAAGAUGUGUUUAA